AUGAGUGUUCCGUUUCCAGCGUCUGGUUUAUUCAUCGAAUCCGUUCGUGAGUCUGCCCGUAAAGCACGAACUGAUAACAAAAUCUCUGUCACCAAUGGAUCAAUUUCCCGUCUUCUAACUUCACCUGCAUUUACCCUGUCCUUCGCUGGCGUGAGCAAGUCGCAUGGCCUUUCCAUGCCGCUCAAUUUCUCGUCGCCCCUCGCAGAGCUAAAUGUUCUUGCUAUCCUCUCUUUGUUGAAUUUUGGCUCGGGUUACCGUGUACCCCUUCAUGAAGCAACUGGGCGUGGCGCGUGGGAUUCAAUGCGUGCUCUGGUGCUAUCGAUGUAUAUUGCCGAUGAUGGACUGCUCACCGCACGGGGAAUGCAAUCUGUGGACGUCGGCAAGGUUGCGGAGCUGAUGUGUGUCAACAUUCAUGUUGAGAAAGCGCAUGAGUCAAUUCCGGGCGUGACGGUGGGCGAGCUUGGGGGCGCAAUGUAUGAACUCACAACCUUGAUUACGGGCGUCCUGAAUGAGACGGGAGAUGUUUUGGUCACAGCAGGGUAUCCUGAUCUUGGAACGUUUGUUGCACAGUGCCUGGAAGCCAGGGAUGCACAAGUCAUUCUUGAACGGCUUGUUCGUGCGAUCCCAGCAUUCAGAGACAUGGCUCUCGUCAACGGACAUCCCAUUUACUGUUUCAAAAAAGCCCUGUUUUUGAUCAACGGUAUCCGCGUCCGUUUCGGUGCUGCAUCUUCGUUCCCAUUCCCGUUUCCAAUCCCUUCCACUUCCCAUCUGCCCAUCUUUAGUGACAACGUUAUUCCAUCCUUGCUCAUCCAUCUGGGUGUCAUUGAUCUCUCAGCAUCCCCGAUACUGCAAGGAGUCUUCUUGGAGGCACACUCUGAGCAGAAAAUAGCGUCUCUGUUGAAGACCAGCAACGUUUCCAGCCGGCACAAGUCUCGGGGGUUGCUUCGGGAAGGGCCUAAAUUAACGGCCGAACAGUCAUUCGUUUUACGUGCUGCUGCGAUUGAUGCUUGCGAAAUGAUUGUGUCGGCAGCUGAAUCAUCGUCUUUAGGGAUUACCUUGAGCGACCUUGAUGCGUGGCUCUGGCAGAUUGCUAAGGAUCGAGAUGAUUAUCGACAGUUGGAAAGGUUCGCUGAGAAGGAGACGGUAUUUUUUUGA